AUGCCUGUAUAUGCCAUCAUAGGGGCAACAGGAAACACAGGAACGGCACUAAUUGAGCAACUCUCUCGUAACCCUGCCGCCCACAUCCGAGCCUUUUGCCGCGACAAAAACAAGUUGCUCAAAGCAGCACCCUACGUCCUCGACAGUAAACGGGUAGAGGUCUUUGAGGGAAGCAUUCACGACGUCGAACUCCUCGCACAAUGCAUCCAAGGCGCCAAAGCCGUAUUCCACGUCGUUAGCACAAACACGAACGUGCCGGAUUGUCAUGUUGGCCUUGACACAGCGAAAGGCAUUGUGGAUGCUCUGAAAAUGAUCGAGGCCGCGUCUUGGUCACGAGAUGUUGCGCAGGGCGAGAAGCUGCCCAAGAUCGUCCUCCUUUCAUCCGCGACCAUUGACGACCACCUCUCCCAGCAUACGCCCUUGUGGCUCCGCGCUAUUUUACUUAGGUCUGCAUCAAAUGUAUACGAGGACCUCCGGCAGACCGAGGCGUUUCUACGGAUGCAUGGCGAUAGGAUCACUACCAUUUUUAUCAAGCCUGGCGGCCUGUCUGUCGACAAGCAAAGAGAGCGUAACUUUAACAUCGUCCGCUUCGAAUCAAGACGAUUAGCAUGA